CAGAGCGACCCGUCUGGGUGGUUAGUAACAGAGAAUAGGGAUUCCCAUAUUUUGCCACUGGCCAAAUAUUAGCUGAGAGCAAUGGAUUUAUCAUAAACCUGCUAAAGGUUGUGGAGCAGGUCUGAUGGAAUAUCUGUAAGUCUGAGCUAUUCUUAUAGUCUUUACCCAGAAGGAAGCGUGAAAGAAGGAAGGCUUUUUGAAGCUCCUCGUCGGUGCUUAGUUGGAAGGAUUUACUAGAUGAGAUGCCUGUUGUCUCAAAUGUUGUGGUUUUUAAUUCUCAGCUCUCAGCUGCGGUGGACGUGAAGGUGAGGAUGGAACAGCCAGACCAUCAGGAGGAAGGGCAGGUCACCGCCCCUGCUGACCCACAGGGGGGAUCGGAGGUCAGUGCGACGCCUGCGGGGUCAGAGCAGGUCACUGGCAACAGCGGCGAUCUGUUGACCAAGCCUGACGGUAUCGGCGCCAAGGAGAAUGACCUGGGAGCAGAGGAGCUGGACAGUGUUCCGUUGGACAGUGGGCUGUCGGAGAGCGGGGACAGGGGCGAGCCCGGCACAGACCCCCCGUCCCAGGCCGACGGCAACACCAGCUGCGACAGCGGCACCUCGUCUAUGGACGACGCCAGGACUCCCACCGGUGCGCCAGACGCGUCUCCGGAAUGUUCUCCCGCCGUCAUGGGCGAAACAACGGAAUUGUCACCCGUCGGUCUAAUUCAGGAAUCCUCCCCAGCGGUUCUGGACGGAGUAGAGGAACUCUCGCCGGUCCCCUUGGACGGUAUAGCGGAAUGUUCUCCAGCAGUUGUCGAUGGAGCUCUAGAACCCUGUCCUGCCGUUCUAGACGGCGCUAACUUGUCUUCUCUGACUGUACUAGUCGGGGCGAUAGAACCCUCUCCCACUGAUCAAGGCGGACUGUCAGAACCCACACCCACACCUGCUCACACACAGUGUGAGGUGACCGUGCCUACCGCACCGGUGGCUAACGGCCCCAGCAGCGCCAGCGAUGCCCCCGGCUCUCCUCACAGUGCUGGGGAACGGAGCCCCUCCACCCCCACGGGCAGCGCCAACACCUCGGGCAAGAGCAGCCCGCAGACCCCCACCCCGCAGACCACGGCCCCCAACAACAACACGACAAACUCCAGCGCCAGCCCGUACGACACGGACUGCAGCCGGAAGACCAUGUCGGAGAUCCAGCGCACGCUCUCCCAGGAGUCCCUGCUGGACGAGCUGGAGUCCGAGCUGCUGUCCUGCCAGCUGGCGGGCGACGGCGGCCGGGGCCCCCCCAACGGCGCCCCCAAGGACCAGGGCAACAUGGGCGUCUUCGAGAAGUGCGUCCAGUACAAGUACUCGCAGCAGGAGAAAGCGAUCAAGAAGCUGCUGGAGGAGAACCGGCGGCACCAGGAGCUGAUCCUGGGCAUCUGCUCGGAGAAGGACAGCAUGAGGGACGAGCUGAAGAGGAGACUGGACACGGAGAAGCAGCACAUGACCACCAUCAAGAAGUACGAGGGCCGGGUGGAGGAGUUGCUGAAGGAGCUGAAGGAGUCACGGGAGAAGCAGCACCAGCAGGAGCUGGGGGCAAAACACACCAUCCAGCAGAUCCAGCGCGAGACCGCCUACCGGCUGGAGCAGGCCAACAAGAAGUGCGAGGAGGCGCGGCAGGAGAAGGAGGCGAUGGUGAUGAAGUACGUGCGCGGGGAGAAGGAGGCGCUGGACCUGCGGCGGGACAAGGAGCAGCUGGAGCGCCGGCUGAGGGAGGCCACGCGCGAGGUGGACAAGCAGGCGCUCCGCGGCAACCAGCUGGCCCAGGACAAGGGCCGCCUGCAUCAGCUGCACGAGGCCAAGGAGGGUGAAGUGAGUCGUCUGGCGCGGGAGCUAGAGAAGGUGAAGGAGGAGAUCAACUCUCAUCUCAUCAAAGUCAAGUGGGCCCAGAACAAGCUCAAGAGCGAGACGGACGCCCACAAGGAGACGAAAGACAAGCUGAAGGAGACCACCGCCAAACUGACCCAGGCCAAAGAGGAGACCGAACAGAUCCGGAAGAACUGCCAAGACAUGAUCCGCACUUAUCAGGAAUCAGAGGAGAUCAAGUCCAAUGAGUUGGAUGCCAAACUACGAGAGACCAAAGGUGAACUGGACAAGCACAAGCAGGAGCAGACAGACCAGCUUGAGAUGUACCAGACCAAGGUGAAAGAGUUGGACGACUUGAAGAGGACCUUCAAGGAGGGGAUGGAUGAGCUCACAACACUAAGAACCAAGGUGAAGUGUCUGGAGGACGAGCGGCCGCGCUGGGAGGACGAGCUGAGUAAGUACCGGGAGAUCAUCAACCGGCAGAAGGCCGAGAUCCAGAGCCAGAGAGAGAAGCUGGGGGCCAUCCAGAGGCUGGAGGACCAGCACCAGAGGGACGAGCAGGACCUGGCGGCUCUGCGGGAGGAGGUGGAGGGUCUGAACGGUCAGAUCACCGACCUGCAGCACGACGUGCAGGGCAGCCGGACGCGCGAGGGCGAGCUGCUGGGCUUCACCGAGAAGCUGACCAGCAAGAACGCCCAGCUGCAGUCGGAGAGCAACGGCCUGCAGUCCCAGGUGGACCGGCUGACCGAGACCAGCCGCGAGCUGGAGGGCAGGCUGCAGGACACCGAGAGGGCCCUCACCGAGACGACGGCGAGGCUGAGGCGCGAGGAGCAGCAGCGGCUGGAGGAGGUGGCGGCGCUGCAGGCCGAGCGCUCGGGGCUCCUGGCGGAGACGGCGCAGCUCAAGACGCGCGUGGACGAGCUCCGCGACGACCUGGUCACGCAGAAGAGGAAGCAGAUCGCCAACAUCAAAGACCUCACCAAGCAGCUCACGCAAGCGAGGAAGAAGCUGGAGCAGGUGGAGAACGGCGGAUGUGACCGAGACGUCAGCAGCAUGGGCAGCCGCUCCAGCUCAUCAGGCUCUCUGAACGCGCGGGGCAGCAGCAUGGACGACCGCUCGCCGGAGAACCAGUCGGGCGGGCCGGCGUCGUCCUCGUCCUCGGCGGCGGCGGCGGGCGACAGCUUCCCCGAGGUGGACAAGGCGGUGCUGGUGGAGCGCAUCGUGCGGCUGCAGAAGGCCCACGCCCGCAAGAACGAGAAGAUCGAGUUCAUGGAGGACCACAUCAAGCAGCUGGUGGAGGAGAUCCGCAAAAAGACCAAGAUCCUCCAGAGCUACGUGCUGCGCGAGGAGUCGGGCGCGCUCUCGUCGGAGGCGUCGGACUUCAACAAGGCGCGGCUGAGUCGCCGCGGCGGCAUCAUGGCCUCGCUGUACACGUCGCACCCGGCCGACAGCGGCCUCACGCUGGACCUGUCGCUGGAGAUCAACCGCAAGCUGCAGGCCGUGCUGGAGGACACGCUGCUCAAGAACAUCACCCUCAAGGAGAACCUGCAGACGCUGGGGUCAGAGAUCGAGAGGCUCAUCAAGCAGCAGCGGGCUCCGGAGGACAAGGCUCGGAGGAAGUGACACGCACCGCAAGCCCUGCCAGCAGGAAAUGCCGCAUCUCGGAGCGCCGAGUCGGGGGCCGAACGGUACGGAGUGACGCGCGCGCCAAAGCGGACCAAAGUGACGAGGAGCGCCCUCGACGUCCACCCACUUAUGAAGUCUGUCCAACUGCGAAGGACUUGAGCCCAAACUGAGCCACACACAAACAACGAAACACACACACACACACACAAACACACACACACCAAUAUAUGUCCAACAUACACUGCAUGGCUGAUUCCAACUGAAGGAAAAAAAAGUCCAACCCAAGAUAUGCCCGAGUCCUGAUCACACUCUCAUUGGCUGAUAUUGGUGAAAAAAAAAACUCCUUCCCCCACCUUCUCCUCAAACGUCCCUCUCCGCCCCACCCUUCCUCCUCCCCCUCCUCUUCCUCUUCCUCUUCCCCCUCUCAUCUCUGGCUGCAGCUGAGACCUCAGCAGUCCUUACACUCUCACACACACUCACACACACUCACACAAAGGACAGCGGCGAAGAAGCGUUGGCGCGCGAGUGUUGUGUGCCCACACAUUGCGAUUGUUGGGCGCGGGGAGAAAGCGCACACAGCCUUGCCCGCACAAUGAGCUGUGAAAUGGGCAGAAACUGAAGAACGUACGACCCAGUGAAGGUUGUCUUCUUAGGACAACACGCACACUCCCAGUGAAGGUUGCCUUCUGAAGACCACACACACACACACACACACACACACACACACAGAAAUAUUGUACCUUCCAUCCAGCUAACUGCUGAAGGAACUAUAACAUUGUCUGAGGAAGAAUUCUUUUAUUUUUUUUCCAUUUCUUUUUCAUUAGCCCCAAAAGAUGGCUGCAACAUCCAACCCUGUUCACUUCAUGCUUAGUCCGACCUUGAUCUUCAUCUCUCUCAUAGCUCUUUUCCACUGCACUUCAUUGUGUCUUUUUCAGCCCUCUGUUACUUUCCUAUCUCUUUCCAUUUCUCUCUCUCUCUCUCUCUCUCUCUCUCUCUUUCUUUCCCUUUUUGCUAUGAUAAUGAAGUGCCAUACCGCUGAAUGUAUUUCCUGGUACUGGAAGGCCACCUAAGGGUUUUGAAGUACGAGGCGAGGGAGAAAGAAAGGAACAUGCUAGAACUCCCGGCCCGAGCCUCCCCACUCCACUCGACUCGCCUCAGUUCACUUCGCCAGACCAUCUCUCCUCUCUCUCCUAAACUCUACCCUCCCCCCCCCCGCCCCUGCCCCUCAAAGCACUUAGGCUACGGCCCAGGUAAUACCCACACACACCCAUAAUCCAUCCCACUUGCUUAAGUACGUGCUCUCCAAAAAAACUCCUGGAUGGAUGCUCGCCGAUCACGACUAAUAGCUUGUCUAGUGUCUCGAGUUGCUCUUCAGUGAAGGACUUAAUUUGUAUUUUAUACCCCCCCCCUCCCCCACCGCGGGGAUGAAUGAAGCCUCAACAAAAGCAAAAAUUGCUGUUAUUAUUAUUAUUAUUUAAACUCUGCGAUUGUGGGCCACUGGUCUGUUAAGUGUUUUUUUAAGUUCACCUCCCUCUGUCAUUCUGUUGUCCUCCCUCUGAAAAUGCCGUAGCUCGGGGUCGCGACCCUCAAAAGGGAUAGAAGAGAACAAACAAGCUCAAUUAUCCCGUCUCUGUGCGGCUGGUUUGGAGAUCCCGUCAUGUAAAUAUUUAGGGCAUAAGUGCAAUUAUGUUUGUUUUUUUACCAUUUUGUUUUCAUGAAAGCAAGACAUUGGCAUUUUUUUGUCCUCCCCUGUUGAGGGCUGGGUAGGGCUGGCUCCUUUAGAUUCACACUGACGCAUCUCUGAGCUGUGGUCACCCUGGUUACCUGCGGAUGCUAAGCUGCUCCCUCCUUUUAAGUAGAAACACACACACACACACACACACACACACACACAGGCACUCUCAGAGAUAACCCACUCCUUUAUGCACAGAUAGACAUACACACACUCAUACAGCCUCUCUCCCUCACACACACACACACACACACAGACACACUCACACAGCCCCUCUCUACACAGUGAGAGAGUGAGAGAGCCAGAGACUGACACACACCCUCUCUCUCUCUCAACAGAGAUGCUGUCGCUCCACCGCUCUUUCUCGCCCCGUGGCACUUUGAAGCAUCUCGCCAGAUAAAUUGCGGCUCCCCGAAGCCUUUGACAGCGAGCAUAGUUAUCCUGACUGGAAGGUCCGUUGUCAUGACUACCCCCCUUAACCCCCAUACCAACACCAUUCCCAUCCCACCCCAACCUGUCGCCCCCCCACCCCACCCCCCAAUAGUGUCUUCAUCUUGAGGACAUCAACGGAGCUACUCCAUCAACUCCACUAUCUCCAGGCGCCCCUCUCUCACACACACACACACACACACACACACACACAUGCGGUCACGUUCUGCCGUCACCUGCUCAGAAGCGAAUCGACUGUGACGCUUUGUUGCGCCUUUUAUUUUUUGCCGGUGGGUCCGUGGCUCGUGUCCAACCCCGCUGUGACCCACCGCUCACCCCCUGUUGCACUCCAUCACCACGCAUUCCAUCACUGCCACCACCUCCCCAACCCUUACAGGAAGAAGAAUGUCGUGGUCCCAAGAAGCCUGGCAUCUGCCGACUGAUAACUUGCCUUUGAUGACUCCUCUAGCCCACCCACCCUUCUCCCUUAACAAAAAAAAAGAAUAAAUGUUUUGAUUUGUCUUGGGAGUUGCCCCUGGGACUAGAAGUAUUGCUGCAACGUCUGAAAUAUCAUGAAGAAAAUGAAGUAUCUCUUGAAGUGCGUGUGAGUGUGUCCCUGAGUGGUCAAUUGUGAUUGUUCCAAAGGAAACAACAAAAAAAAGGAAAAAAGAUCGGAAGAAAAAAACAAGAAAACUGCUUUUUUUUUCUCCUGUUGAUUCCAAUCUGUCAGCUAUGCUCUGUCUGAUUGAAUAGUCAUGAAAACUGUGAUUAUAUAUAUUUGUAGAUAUGGUAAUAUUAUGUAAAUGUUUUUAAAACAAUUGUUCCUGAUUCUUUCUGUAUAUAUGGUGUUUACAGGGAAUAAAAAAGCUGAAAUCA